UUCAGUGUUUUGGUACUCAACGUAACACGUGCAUUUAUAAAUGUAAUGGGAAAGGCGAAGAAAAUUCGUGUGUCUAAGGCCACAGGGGAUGGAGAUAGAGGCCAAUCACUUGCUGACCAAAUAUUAGAAGAUAAAUCCAUCAGACAGGCUGGUCGAGUGAAAGUUCGAACAAGGAAAGAAGACGACGAUGAGUUUGUUGAUAACAAAUUAUCCCGGAAAAUUCUACAGCAAGCUCGUAAACAGCAAGAAGAAUUGGAAGAUGAACAUGGAUUGAAAAAAAAACCAACAGAAAAAAAGACCGUUUCCCUAGGCGGUUCAGGAGCAGUGGGCGGGGCUUCUAGGGGGAGAUCCUUACAGCAUGGGUCUGAUGAUGAGGACGAGGAGGUGGAGGAAACUUCGGAUACAGACGAAUGCUAUGAAACAAUUGAGGUUGAUGAGGGGGAUGAGACAGCUCUCCAGAUGUUCAUGUCUAAGGAGCCGCAGGUACGACGCACUCUGGCCGACAUCAUACAGGAGAAGAUCACAGAGAAACAGACAGAGAUACGCACACAAAUGUCAGACAAUGCCAGUGUACAGAUGCAGGAGCUUGAUGAGCGCGUUGUAACCAUGUACAAGAGUAUAAAACAAGUGUUACAGCGCUACAGGAGUGGAAAGCUCCCCAAGGCCUUCAAGAUUGUCCCUAACCUUCGUAAUUGGGAACAGAUUUUAUACCUUACGGAACCAGACAGCUGGUCUGCGGCAGCAAUGUACCAAGCCACUCGAAUAUUUGUGUCCAACCUAAACGCUAAGAUGGCUCAGAGAUUUUUCAACCUUGUUUUAUACCCAAGAAUACGUGAUGACAUUGCAGAAUACAAAAGAUUGAAUUUUCAUUUAUAUAUGGCUGUGAAAAAAUCACUUUUCAAGCCAGCUGCUUUUUUCAAAGGAAUCCUGCUACCUUUGUGUGAGGCUGGUGAUUGCACCCUACGAGAAGCAGUGAUCGUAUCAAGUAUUUUGUCCAAGAACUCCAUACCCAUGUUGCACUCUGCUGCAGCCAUCUUGAAAAUAGCCGAGAUGGACUACAACGGAGCAAACAGUAUAUUUCUGCGUACCCUCCUGGAUAAGAAGUACGCCUUACCGUACCGAGUGGUAGAUGCCAUCGUGUUCCAUUUUAUCAGGUUUAUGUCUGACAAGAGAGAAUUACCGGUAUUGUGGCAUCAGUGUUUCCUGACUUUCGCACAGCGAUACAAAGAGGACAUUUCUUCUGAACAGAAGGAGAGUUUAUUAGAACUUUUACGCGUACACUCACAUGGUCUCAUUACACCGGAGACACGAAGAGAACUGCAGCACUCCAAGUGUCGUGACCAGGAGGCGGGGGAAGGGGGAGAACCCAUGGCUGAGGCCUCAGAAAUGGUUCUCAGUGAUUCUGAUUGAUAUGUGUGGAAUAUAUUUUAGAUCUGUGAUCUUGUUAGGCAUUGACAUGUAACAGAACAGAAGGUACAGUUUGGGCAAUAUCUUUAAUUUCUCUGAUUUGAGGAAAGUUUUAUCUUUGAUAAAAGAUUUUAACCCUUUCACCACUGUAGACCAUAAUGGACUCACCCAGACAAAUGUAUGGUAGAGUCUACGAAAGUUAUCUAGGGGUGAAAGGGUUAAUUCCUAACAGGUUUUAGCAGUUUUGAGCCCAAAGUAAGAUUCAGCCCACCUCUUAAAAUGUAUCUGGCAUGAAUAUUGAGAUGUGAUUAUUCCAAAAUGAAUAUAACAGACAAUUUAUCAAGAAAGCCAGCUCUUAUAUGAAUUUUGGUGGAGCAGAACACUGACACAACAAGAUAUUAAAGGAGUAUAAUGUAAAACUUUCAAAUGUCACUUGCUGUCUUAAUCAGAAUUCCUGAAUUAAAUAAAAAAUACGAAAGUGCAAAAUAAGUUAGUGCCAUUUUUCUUCUUUAUUAGAUUUUCUGGUGAAGAGAAUAGAAAAAUAAAUAAAUUUAAAUUCCAUCAGCAGAGUAAUAAGCAGUAACUGAAAUAUACUGUCUGUUUCAUCAGAUUUCUAGGUAAAAACAAAAUCGAAAAAGGAAAAGACAUUAAGAACAUACAGAGAAUAUACUAUUUGUGUAUACAUUUCUGUGCAUUCAUUGUUAAACAAAAAUUGUUGUUGAAAAUAAAGAUAUGUAAUA